AUGGCUCUUUUGACCACUGCUGUUUACGCCGUCCCAAUCUGCGACUCGAGUGAUGAGACCCGAGCCCAACGAGCCUCAACUAUUCAGCCUCGCGAGCCAAGAAUUAUCCCGGAUACCGAGCACUAUCUCGCCGAUGUUCUAGACAUGCUAGGCGUCCCUUCGUUAGACUCAUCGAAUACUCCAUCAAGCACCCCUUCACUGGCCCCAACCCCGACUAUCCAGGCGGAAGAAGUUCACCCACAAAACAUCAUGGCCACUUCAGCCAAAGUCCAGCAGUAUAGCCCGUCACCUUCUCCAACGACUUCUGCCGAUGAGGUGACUUUUACUACAACCAUCAAGAAUGGGAAGGAUAAGCCUUUCAAGAAUAUUCAGAUUGGAUCUGGUUGGGAGGGCAAAAACCGCGUCGAGGCUUCUGAUGUCCCAUUCAUUAUGGACGCCGUCUACGGCACGCUUGCGGAUAGGUUUAACGAUUUGGUUGACAGCUCAGAUGAGCUUGGGUUGAACAAGUGA